AAAGUUUAACAAAUAAGCGGAGGUUUUGGCAUACACGCAAACGUUUUUACAUAAAAUGUCACCCCCACAAGGCGAUUACCUCGAAGCAGUGCGAUCAUCGUGUCGAGCACUAACAGAAAACGGUCCAGUCAAGGUCUCCGCCGAUGGCAUAAGAUCAUUUCUUAAGAAUCUUGACAAGCAUCGUUUUGAAGAGUUGUCAGUGGACACGCCCAUACGUAUGCCUUUGAAAUUCGAUACACUUGCUGAAGAGUUGAAUUUUGUCGCACUGAUUGAUUUGCUGAACUUUGGAAGCGGAUAUCGCGUUCCUUUACACGAACUUGCUGGAAGAGGUGCUUUUGAUACGAUCCGUUUUGGCGCCAUGUCAUUCCAUAUUGGUGGCACACCCAUGGAUGCAGCAACAUUCAAAUCAAUGACUGCCUUCAAAGUAUCCGAGAUAUUCCAAUUCCCUAUCGACCGAGAAGUCAAGCCAAAGGACAUGCCAUUCAUCACUAUGACCGAGCCUACUGAAUUAAAACAGCUUGCAGACGGUAUCACCACUGUCUUGAAUACUACGGGCGAGUUUUUGGAACAACACAAGUAUAACGAUUUAGCAGCAUUUAUCCUGGAUCUAACCAAACCUGUCGCAAAUCAAAAACCAUCGGCGUCCAAACUCGUCGAGCACCUUACCAAGGCUUUACCGGGACUGCGUGAUAUUUCUGAAAUUAAUGGGCGGCCAGUAUAUGUUUUGAAGAAGGCUCAGAUCCUCGUGUACCACCUGUGGAUGUUCUUCCGUGACCAGGAACCUGACCGAUUCGAUUUUGCAGACAUUGAUAACCUCACCGUGUUUGCUGAUAAUGUGGUUCCUACCCUUCUGGUGCAUUUGGGCGUACUGGAGAUUCCAGAGAGUUGGCAAGCGGAUAUAACGGAUGGUCAAGAUCUUGGAGAGAUUCGGGCGACAACGUUACGUGCUGCGUCUAUCGUGGCUUGUGAAGACAUUGUGGAAUUAGUAAAGCAGAACGCGUCUGUCUCGGCUGUGACGCAUAUGAAUGAAGGUCAUUUGGAUGUAUAUCUCUGGCGACUGGGCAAAGAAGGCGAUUAUCGCAAAAUACCUCGAUUUGCCUUGCGUGAUACUGUCAUGUUUUAAUAUUGUUGUAUGCAACACAACACCAUACAUAGUUUCUAUCGAUGCCUCUAUUUCCCAAAGAAAAUAAAUAGCCCACUCGAUUAUAAUACGUAAUGUGAAAAAGUCAUAUCCCUUUGGAAAUCAUAUCAGCUAUGUACUUGAGCAAUCUGUAGUUUUCUUAUUGCAUACUGUACAUAGACAAAACUCUCGAUGUUGUAAUUGCAGAUUCUAAUGCCG